GUCUCCUUGUGCUAUGCCUUCAUCAACUUUGUCGAUGUAGACACGGUGGCCCGCUUCUGGAAGCACUUCUGCGGCUUCAAGAACUGGGGACUCCCCAGCUCUCACGUCGCAGAGGUUUGCUGGUGUGCACGGCACCAGGGCUUGAAGGAGGCCAUUGAGUACUACCAGAACAACAGCGUGAUGCACCCCAGCGUGCCGGACGAGUGCAAGCCUGUGCUCUUCUACAAGGGCAGCAGGACCUUCUUUCCGGCCCCCACCAAGGCAAUCAAAGUUCCAAAGAAAGUGAAGCGCACAGAGGACGACGGGGUCACGCACGAUCGGCAGCUUCACCAUGGACAAUCUUUGGGAGCCGCCCCCUUGCUCAUUCUGACCCUUUGA